GUUUGUAGUGGAGGAGAGAAAAGGAGGUUGCGCCCAACGGCACAGACCUGUCCAUGGUGCUGAAACAUAAGCAACACCCUGCAAGUCAAACCAGUGGCUCAGGCUUUCUUUCUGCAGCCUCUCCACUUCAUUAAGGACCAUUCUCCUUAUUAAGCUGAAAUGUGUCUUUACUUGCAGUGAUCUAAAGAGAGAUGGGGCAUUUUAUUAAUGCAAUGAAAAUAUUACACUGCUGAUUGUGGUUAAAGCAAACCAAGCGUACAGGUGUUAUUUUGUAUACACACAUAUAUACUGUAUUUAUAGAGAGAAAUAUAUUUUCUAGGGUUUCGUGAAAUUGAGACUUUCUCUACAACUCUGCCGUUGGGUGAAACAUUUCCUAGAGACAAUUCCGAUCUAAAAUGGAUUUUUAAGCCACCAGAGGACCAAAGCACAAGAACAUGACAUUGCCUGCACUUUCAGUGAGGAGGAAGCACACUGACAGCUCCACUUUUUAACUGGACUCCGACACGCUUCUGUCUCUGCCAUCGGAGAGCUUUUACUCUUCAUCCAAGGAUUUUUAUACCAAUAUGAGAAACUGCCUGUCCUUAAAUACAAUCUAACCACAAGCAAGUCAAGACCCACGUGCGGCAAUAAUGGAUGUAAUAAAGCAAAGGGUUUUAGCCAAAGGCAAAGAAGGGCUGAAGAAUGUCGCUAGUAAAUCACUGGGUCAGCUAUACAGAGUUUUAGAGAAGAAAAAGAAAACUGGUGAAAAUAUUGAGCUGACGGAAGAUGGGAAACCAGUCGAGGUGUCGGAGAAAAAGCCUCCCCUAUGUGACUGCACCUGUUUUGGACUUCCUAGGAGGUACAUCAUCGCCAUUAUGAGCGGACUAGGAUUCUGCAUUUCUUUUGGGAUCCGUUGCAAUCUGGGAGUGGCUAUUGUGGAUAUGGUUAAUAACAGCACCAUUCAUCACGGAGGGAAAAUUAUCAAAGAGAAAGCCAAAUUUAAUUGGGGUCCAGAGACAGUUGGCAUGAUUCACGGCUCCUUCUUUUGGGGUUACAUAGUGACUCAAAUCCCAGGAGGAUACAUAGCAUCCAGAUUAGCAGCUAACAGGGUGUUUGGUGCUGCCAUCGUCCUCACCUCAAUGCUGAACAUGCUGAUCCCUUCAGCCGCAAGGGUUCACUAUGGCUGUGUGAUCUUCGUGAGGAUUUUGCAAGGGCUCGUGGAGGGUGUCACUUACCCAGCAUGCCAUGGGAUAUGGAGCAAAUGGGCCCCACCACUGGAAAGAAGUCGUCUGGCAACAACAUCAUUUUGUGGAUCCUAUGCAGGAGCUGUUAUUGCUAUGCCAUUGGCCGGGAUUCUUGUGCAAUAUACCGGGUGGUCCUCUGUGUUUUACGUCUAUGGGUGCUUUGGCCUGGUUUGGUACCUCUUCUGGAUCCUGGUGUCCUAUGAAAGUCCAGCAAAUCACCCAACCAUUACUGAUGAAGAGCGGACCUACAUAGAGGAGAGUAUUGGCGAGAGUGCAAACAUUUUGGGUGCCAUGGAGAAAUUCAAGACUCCCUGGAGGAAGUUUUUUACCUCAAUGCCAGUCUAUGCAAUUAUCGUUGCAAAUUUCUGUAGGAGUUGGACAUUUUAUCUUCUCCUUAUCAGCCAGCCAGCUUACUUUGAAGAAGUCUUUGGAUUUGAGAUCAGCAAAGUGGGGCUUUUGUCUGCUGUUCCCCAUCUGGUCAUGACAAUUAUUGUACCUAUUGGAGGACAAAUUGCCGACUUCCUUAGAAGCAAACAAAUUCUCUCAACGACCAUGGUCCGAAAAAUUAUGAAUUGUGGAGGAUUCGGCAUGGAAGCUACCCUACUGCUUGUUGUUGGCUAUUCCCACAGCAAGGGUAUUGCAAUAUCAUUUCUGGUCCUCGCAGUCGGCUUCAGUGGAUUUGCCAUUUCUGGAUUCAACGUUAACCACCUUGAUAUUGCUCCUCGUUAUGCCAGCAUCCUAAUGGGUAUUUCCAAUGGCGUCGGCACCUUAUCUGGAAUGGUUUGUCCUCUUAUCGUUGGAACAAUGACCAAGCACAAAACAAGAGAGGAAUGGCAAUAUGUCUUCUUGAUCGCUGCUCUUGUCCAUUAUGGCGGGGUCAUAUUCUACGGAAUAUUUGCGUCUGGGGAGAAACAGCCGUGGGCAGACCCUGAGCAGACCAGCGACGAGAAGUGUGGUUUCAUCAAUGAGGACGAACUUGCAGAAGAGGCCGGGGAUAUUAGUCAAAAUCACAUCAAUUAUGGCACAACCAAAUCUUACGGGGCCACCACGCAGGCUAACACGGGUUGGCCAAACGGCUGGGAGAAGAGAGAAGAUGGCGUUCAGGGAGAUGGACAGGAGUCUUUCCAUUACCAGGAGGAGGAGAACUACUCAUAACAAAGCUCUACAUACCUAGAUAUAUAUUUAUUUUUCUUUGUAAUGUCUGUGAUGAAUUUCAUUGUGGUCAUUUGCACAAAAAGCCGUGGUGUGACCCCCGAUAAGCACACACAUCAGUCUUGUUUGGGAAGCAAGCUUCAUCAUGUGAACCAUUGUUACCUUGGCUACAUGUAUCCAUCCCAUCGGGAUUUGCGUUAAUUGGUCAUUGCUUUUAAUACAGGAGCUGCGUCCUCUCUAGCAAGUCAGAGCACAAAUGAACAGAGCACAUCGGAAUCUUCCUUAGGCA